AUGGACGCUUCUUCUAGUUCAACGGAAGUAAGUCUACAUGUAGCAGUGGGUCUGUCACAGAGAACAGGGGAUGAAGCCACCAAGGGUCCAUUCAUUAUAGAUGAAGAUGCGAAGAGCAUUGUCUAUACCAGAGAAGGGGAGGAGGAGACACUGUACCCUGAAUUGCUUCAGCCUCUGCUGGGGCGUGUGCUCUCUGGGUACAAUGCGACAGUGCUGUUUUACCCAGAUGACACAGCAGUAGACCUACUAAAUCCAAACAGCCAGGAUCUCAAGGCAGUGACACAUCCAGUGCUGGGGAUAGUUGUAGAUGAUUUGAGUGAAAUUGCAGUAUUCACUGCUGAAGAAGCCUUCAGUCUGUACCUGGAGGGGGUGGAAACACAGAAGAUAGCUGGAAACCUCAUCAGCAGAUGCAGCUCGUUGUUUUCUCUCACUGUGGAGCAGAGACAGGAGACCCCUGGUGGCAGCUCUGCGUAUUGCAGAUCCAGGCUGCACUGCUUUGAUCUCACUGGGGGAGCGCGGAAGGAGGAUUUGAACGGUGCUAACCCCUUGCUGACAGUAAUGGAAUUAAAAGACAGCGACUCAAUGCCUGUCCAUGGACUGCUGCCCAUGCUGCUGUAUCAAGGACUGGAAGGGAACAGUUAUACAGUCCUCCUGUACUGCAUACAAGUGGAAGGCCUUAUUGAUGAGGAGGUCCCCUGGGCGCUGUCCCUGGCUCAGGUGGUGAGGGGUCUCAGGAUGAAGGUGUCCCCUGGCCACUGGAGCCCUAAGGAGGCAGCCCAGAGCCUGCGAGCCCACAUCAGAGAGCAGAGGUCUAGGAUUGUGUCUGCGGGAGAGUCAGGGGGAGAGGGUGUCAACCAGCUAGGGGAGCUGAUUAAGGCUUUGCAGAUUGUGAAGAACCAGGAAUGGGAAAAGAAGAAAGCGAGAUCAAAAGAGAUUGAAGCCAAUAGAAGAAUCCGCCUCGCUGCGCGGGGCUUGCUGUUGGGCCAACCCAGUCCGUCCCACUCUGAGAAACCAGACCCCACCCCCCAGAACCGUGACACCCAACUGAAGAUCCAGCAACUACAGGAGCAGCUCAGGACAGAGAUGGAGGAACUUCUUAGAGGUGGAAAAGUGAGCGUGGACCUGAACCAGAAGCGACUGAGCAGAAUUCAACAGCUGAAGGAAGCGAUUGGGCAGGAGCAGAGGAGUUUGAAGCAAACAAGUCAACACACUGCCACCCCAGGGGUUGCCAUGGUGAGAUGUUCUUUCAUGUUUCUGCAAUGA